AUGUCAAUUCCAGAAAAUUUAUGUAGGAGUAGUGGGGAACUUCGUCGAGAAAUUGCUCGUUCUAAUGGUUUUUCUGGCGGUACUCAAAGCCCAUUUGAAACUGCACGAUCUUAUACUGUUCUUAGAGGCAGUUCAGCUGGAUCAGCUUUCAAGGAGAACAGGUCGUCCUUGAGGAGUACUACCUCUUCAACGGCUUCUCGCUCGAUAUUGCCAUAUGUGACACACUAUAGUGAUUCGGGAUUUUCAAGCACGCUAAGUAGCGGCUCAAGUUGUUCAUAUCUACCACCGCCACCUCCAUAUCGGAUGCGCGGUUCUGGAAAAGCGCAUCGAAUACAUCGUAGUCUAAGUGAUUCGAGAUAUGCAUCUGGAACUGGUUGCCAACAAAUUAGCCAUAUUCGUGGUCAACCCGGUGGUAGUGUCAAUAUAUUGCAGGAACUCUAUCAUACGCAACGCGGUAGUAGUUGGACUUCUAGAGUAAGUGAUCUUAUCUCUUUCUAUUUAAAACAUAAUUGA